AUACAAAAAUGAAAUAAAAAUUAAGCUGAAUAUACUCUCCACUACCGAAUAUUGAAACGUUGUUUCGCGGAUUACUUCGUGGAGCCAAUUUUUCAUGUCAUAUGCAGACGCUUCACGCCAUGCUUUGACAGUGACUCCCCACGGUUCCAACCAACUGAACAUUUUAAGGUUUUACAGCUAAUUCUGCACAAUCAGGAGGCAAUUUAUGCAUUUACUGGGUAUAAGGGGGCUUUAAUUUAGGCACCCAAUUUCCAUCUUCACCGUUUUGAUGAACACCUUACAUUUAACAUGAUCCAUAUUUCAACAAGAGCAUUUAAACCCUAGGUUGACUACGCGGUUAAUAAAAUCACCUAGACAUGAUCCCGGUUAAGCGAGGAACAAUUCUUGGAAAAGAUUGUGUCUAUUCUUUGGCUGUAGAAUUAUUCAGCUCAACAAUUUUGAUGUAACCACCGGGGUUAGAUCAUUUUCAGGGCCGAAUUAGGAUUAGGGUUUUUCAGGAUGUCAGAGGAUCACAGUGAUCAGAAGGUCCUGAUAAGGUCACAUUCAUCCUCAGGUUCAUCAGAAUCUGAUUUGGAGGCUGCACAGAGAGGAGGGAACAGCAGGUCAAGUUUGGACAGGAGGAGGUCUGGUAAAAAAGGGGAAUUGAUUAGGAAAAUUUUGUUACGGGAGCGAUUGCCAUCUGGGAAUUUCGGAUCUCAUGACCGGCUUGGCGAAGGGGCACCUCCAGAAUGGGCUCUGCUGCUAAUUGGAUGCCUGCUUGGAUUGGCUACAGGGUUAUGCGUGGCAGCCUUCAAUCAUGGAGUUCAUACAAUACAUGAGUGGGCUUGGGCAGGGACACCCCAAGAAGGUGCUGCUUGGUUUCGAAUACAAAGACUUGCUGAUACCUGGCACCGCAUAUUGCUGAUUCCUUUAACUGGUGGAGUUAUUGUUGGUGUGAUGCAUGGUUUACUGGAAAUUAUUGACCAGAUUAAACAGUCAAGGCCUCCUCAAAGGCGGAGCUUUGAUUUAGUAUCGGGCUUAUGCCCGACAAUUAAGGCAAUCCAAGCUGCUGUCACUCUAGGAACAGGAUGCUCAUUAGGGCCAGAAGGCCCUAGUGUGGACAUCGGAAAAUCAUGUGCUUAUGGAUGUUCUGAAAUGAUGCAAAACAACAGGGAAAGAAGAAUAGCUCUUGUUGCAGCUGGUGCAGCUGCUGGAAUCUCAUCAGGGUUCAAUGCAGCAGUUGCGGGUUGCUUCUUUGCCAUAGAAACAGUUUUGAGGCCGCUUCGUGCAGAAAACUCACCUCCUUUUACAACUGCUAUGAUAAUUUUGGCAUCUGUUUUAUCAUCAACGGUGUCUAAUGUUUUAAUCGGUGGAAAGUCAGCAUUUACUGUGCCUACAUACGAGCUUAAAUCUGCCGCAGAGCUUCCUUUGUAUCUUAUAUUGGGAAUGAUUUGUGGAGUGGUAAGUGUGGUCUUCUCUCGUCUAGUGUCAUGGUUCUUAAAGUUGUUUGAAUUCUUUAAGGAGCAAUUAGGGAUACCUGCAGUUAUCCAUCCUGCUCUAGGUGGCUUGGGAGCUGGAUUGAUAGCUUUAAGGUAUCCUGGGAUAUUAUAUUGGGGCUUCACAAAUGUCGAUGAAAUAUUGCAUACUGGAAAGAAUGCAACAGCACCUGGAAUAUGGCUACUAACCCAGUUAGUUGGUGCAAAAGUAGUGGCCACAGCCCUUUGCAAGGGAUCUGGACUUGUAGGAGGUUUAUAUGCCCCAAGUUUGAUGAUUGGUGCUGCAGUUGGUGCUGUGUUUGGCGGCUCAGCAGCUGAGCUAAUUAAUGCAGCAAUUCCAGGCAAUGGAGCUGUUGCACACCCACAAGCUUAUGCUCUGGUUGGAAUGGCAGCUACUUUAGCAUCUGUUUGUUCAGUUCCUCUUACAUCAGUACUCCUUUUGUUUGAACUGACUAAAGAUUAUCGGAUCUUACUUCCACUUAUGGGUGCUGUUGGGUUAGCAAUUUGGGUGGCGUCUGUAGCAAGUCAAUCAAAGGAUACCGAGUCUAAAGACAAACAAGGGUCCGUUCAUGCUUAUUCACCUUUGACAAAUAAUAGAGUUCAACACAGUGUCCAGGACCUUUUGAGGAAAAUGGCUGAUGGGAAGGAAGUGGAAUUAUGUGUUGUAGAGAAUGGAACUGGACUUGACAUGAUACCUGAGGAUGACCUCCUACAUGAGUUGAAGGUUGUCCAAGCAAUGUCAAAGAGUUAUAUAAAGGUCUCUGCAAAUCAUUCGGUAAAAGAUGCAAUACAACUAAUGCUAGAAUACCAGCAAAAUUGUGUACUUGUAGUUGAUGAUGAAGAUUUAUUAGAGGGCAUUAUGACUCUUGGAGAUCUCCAGAGAGAGGUGCAAGGGACUGCUGAUGCUAAUGUAAAUGGUGAUAUGACAACUAUAGAUGUAAAUUCAACACUUGUUUCAGCAAUUUGUACCCGGCGAAUACAUUACAGAGGGCAUGAACGUAAAAUUCUGAUUUGUUAUCCUGACACAGAUCUAAUGAUGGCAAAGGAAAUAAUGGAGGCUAGGGGAAUAAAGCAGCUUCCUGUGGUUACAAGGGUUGGUGAGCGAAGGCAAGAGCAUGGGCGUAAGCUUGUUGGUUUACUAUAUUAUGAUGCCAUUCCUGAUUGUGUCAGGGAAGCUAGACAACGGGCUAUGACACUAGUCAGCCAAUCAAGAAAGGAUAAUCAUAAAAAUGAUGAGAUACUGCUUACUGGGCACUGAGAGUGUACAUUUUGAAUUGCCCCUCGAGAAACUUCCAAGGUGGCACCUGCAUGUGAAAUGUAGUUUCAAGGCAUGCAGAGCUUCCUGUUUGGCAUUUAAGAGUCAUAUUAAUUUGAGUGGCAUUUGACAGCUCUACAGAAUAAUUGUGUUAUUUAUGAUGAUUGGAGCUACCCGGGAAUGGAACUUGUUUUCAUGUGCCAACUCACUUUGUAUGCUAUGACAAGCUAUCAUCCAUUGAAAAUAUAAUAGCAUAAUGUGCAGCACGGAUCUUUGUCUCUUUCCUCAGCAUUUGCUAUGUUGAAAUGUACGGAUAUUUCUAUUUAGUUAAGGCAACAAGGUAAAUCAUUAUUAUAAUUCAUUCUUCCGGUGGUGCGUUAUUACAUUAUAUUAUACAGGUCUUGAUGCCAUAAAUAUGUCUCCUCUUGGUUUAUCUCACUGAAAUAUAUUAGUCUUUAAUUGUUCUUGG